GAAGAAGGGUCCUGACUCGAAACAUUGACUGCCUGCUUUUCUCCAUGGAUGCUGCCUGGACUGCUGAGUUCCUCCAGCAUCAUGAUGCCCGCGGCUAAUUGGCCCUGAGAAGUUGGUGAUGAACCACCGCCUUGAAGUACUGCAAAAAAAAAUGAGAGGUUGGAACUGAGAGAGACAGGAAAGAGUUAAGUGUACUUUUGACAGACCAACCAAUAUGCAGAUUUUUUUAAGUAAUUAAACUAGUCCCUGCAAUGAGUGAUUGACAUGGAGACUCGAUGUACGGCUCGAACCCUCCAGGUGGUGGAUACAGAGUAUAGUGCAGAUGCUGUGGAGUGGUGCCCUAUUGACAAGUUUCAUAAUGUACUGACCUGUGGUACUUAUCAAUUAAAGAGUCCCGAGGAGAAGGGUUCAGGAGAUUCUGAAAUUAAUGAGCCCCAGCUCCGGCAAGGGCGCCUUUACCUAUACUGCUUUCAACAGAAACAGCUUUAUUCGCCAUUAACAGAAGUGCAGAGGAUUGAAAUGCCUGCAAUAUUAGAUCUCAAAUGGUGUCAUGUGCCAAUAGCUGGGUAUCCUGUACUUGGCGUAGUGAACGCUGAAGGAAGUCUCGAGCUGUAUAAUCUGACACUAUGUGAGAAAAACAGUUGCUUAUUGGAGCCCAUGUGUAGUGUUAAGUUAGAGCCAGAAUGCUUGGCUCUGUCCCUGGAUUGGUCAACAGGAAGACAACAUGAACCUGUCAAGAUCAUUAACAGUGACUCAAAGGGCUGCUUGAGUCUGGUGUCUGUGGAUGGCUGUAGACCAGCACUGGAUGUGGUCUCUCAGUGGAAGGCACAUGAUUUUGAGGCUUGGAUUGCAGCUUUCAAUUACUGGAAUACAGAUGUUGUUUAUUCAGGAGGAGACGACAGUAAGUUAAAAGUUUGGGACAUGCGGAUGGAGACUAACAGGCCAGUCUUUAUUAGCACCAGGCAUUCAAUGGGAGUGUGCAGUAUCCAAAGCAAUCCACAUAAGCAAUACAUACUGGCCACCGGAAGUUACGAUGAACAUGUUCUCAUCUGGGAUUCCCGGCAGAUGAAACAGCCAUUGGCAGAUACGCAUGUCCAGGGAGGUGUCUGGAGGGUGAAGUGGCAUCCACAUCGGGAAAACUUGCUGCUUGCAGCAUGUAUGCACAAUGGAUACCACAUCCUGGACUGUGAGGGUGCAUUAGUUACAGGCCAAGAAAGAUGCCCCAUUCUUUACUCCUACAUACUGCACAAUUCAUUGGCAUAUGGGGCAGACUGGUCAAGACUGUCAAUUGAUGCUCAACCCACCACAGAGUCUUGGCCUUUACCCUCAUCUUUAACUGAAACUCAAAGGAAGAAGGAAUGUGAACAAGGAGCAAAGGAAGCAGAAGUCAAAUUCCGGCACCUGAAGAUCCAGUAUGAAUCUCCCACCGGCUUAUUUGAUAUGGUGGUGGAAGAUGAGGCAGAUGAUUAUGGCAAUGAGUUUUCUGGCAGUUUGCAGGCCAGUGGUGCAUCUCAGAGUCCAAAUAUGGACCUUGCCAUGAUAGAGCAACAGAAUCACAAGGCUGGUGUUGAUUGGACUAAGAAUAAAGGUGAUUUGUUGGCAACAUGCUCCUUCUAUGACCACAUCUUGCACGUUUGGCGAUGGGAAAGAAAUAAUAUUGUAUCUUCCACUUAAUUUUACAAAAAAAUUACAUAAUAUUGUUUAUAAAGUACUAGAGUAAAACCAGAUUGCAUACCUGGUAGUGUGAGGGAGAGGAGCAUAGUCUGAUCAUUUUCUUUGAUUCAGUAUCCUGUAGAAAUUUUAGAAGAUUGGGCAAUAACUUUAUAAUGAAGAUGGUUCAAUAUUCUUAAAUCAGAGUGGCAGGAUUUCAAUGAGAUUUCCUAAUCUAUUCAGCUGUGUACAUGCUUCAGGUGAAGGGAAAAGGGAGAGAAGUCAGUAGCUUUGCAAUGUAUUUAGCAUUAAUUGAACACUGUUCAAUAACAAGAAGUGUGAUAAUUAAUUGGGUUGGCAAAAAAGAUAUUGAGAGAUGUAGUAUUAUGCAUAGAGAAUUUAGCCUGAAAUGUUUCUUCAUUCAUUUAUGUCUAGUACUAGAAUUAAGAGUUGACAAAAGAAUUGAGGGCUUUGUAGAAGUCAUUUAAAUCAGUUUAUGUCACCUAAGAUUCCUUUUGUUAGAACUUCCAGAAGUCUAGUGUCAAGAGUUAAUUUAGAACCUCAGGCAAUGAUGCUUAGGCUGGUGCUUUAUAAACUUGUCUCAAACCAUGUCAUGUAACUGAAAUUAUUUCAGUUCACUUUUGUGGUGAGGUGAGUAGCUUAUACAAUUGAAGCACCUCAUAGCAAACCUUUUUGGUCCUGUGGACCUCUACAUUAACUGAAGUUGUGGAUCUCAGGAGAUUUUGCUAAAAGCUACCUUUGGAUUUCUAGGAAGUCCAUAGUAGUUGGGCAAGGCUAAAAUUAUUUUUAACUGAAGUAUGAACUAUUUUUGUCAAUCUUUUUGCAACUGCCUCUGCUGAUGUGUAAAUCAGUUUUUAAAUUCAUAUACAUGUCUUAAAGACACUCUAGAACAUAAUUAAAAUGGCCAUUGUUGUUUGAUCAGUUGAGUAUUUGAUGUUUGUUCUUGAAUAUUCUUGAAAGAAUUCCACACGGAAUAUUUCACGGGGAGCAAAAAGGUGAAUGCAAUAAUGCUCUUCUCCAAUUGUUUGUUGUGUCUAUCUUCCUCUUCCUUCACCUUGCUCCAUAGCAUCCUGGGCUAUGAUGACAUCUGAGAAGGACGUUUCAGUCACAUUUAAUGGGGAAUAAUGGGAUUAAGCAUAACUAUAGUAGCUUCUCAAAGGGAGCUGCCUUGAAAAUGUUUAUACAAUUUUAUACUGGUGGGGGGAGGAGUGCAGGAAAACAGUUUGAUAUCACUUUGAUUAAAUAAUUUACAUUUAUGUAAUGAUAGUAGAAUUUUGUGGCUGUUUAAACUAUUUUCUUGAAAUAAAUGCUCUGAA